UACAGCCAGCGUUGUCAGUCUGGUAGAGACUACUCUUUCACCCGGACUUCCCACCCGGACGGACGCCUUUUCUUAGCGCGCACCAUGGCAUGGUCCGUGGCCGCGAACAUCCGGCAGAGAGGGUCCGGCAGCCGCAGCGGGAACGCCUCGCGGGAACGGAAACAGGAGAGCGACCAGCAGAACAUGACCUACCAGCAGAGGAUGGGCGCCACUCCAGCCGGGUAUCAGCAGCAGAAGGUCAGCCCGCAGAGACAGCAGUCGGGACAGCAUUCCUCUGGACAGCACGGUGGCGGACAGCACGCAAAACCGUCUGCGGGUAGAGAAGAAAGCCGAGAGCGAGAGAGAGUCAGAAGAGGAGGCUCCCCUCCAACACAACCAAAGGACGAGGCGCACGGCAGGGUGCGGAAGGUCUCCAAAGGAAGCCCCGUCAGGAUGAAACGACCCUCUCCGGCCGGCACCGAGCAUGCGCAGAUGUCCAGAAGCCUUCCCCACGAGUACAUGCGCCACUUCCCCCAGGAUGCCAUGCGGCGUCAGGAGGAGCAUGCGCAGAGCUCGAGACGGUCGCCUACAGAACACCGACGACGUUACCGACAGGCCCCGGACACCGAGAGGGACCCCCAGCGGCUCAAGACCAGAACCUCUCCGGAAAAACACUCGUCAAGACAGACUCAGGGUCACGAUGGAGACAGGGACAGAAGGCAAAGGAAAAGCUACAACACAAGCGUAUGA